AUGGCUCUCUUCUCAGCCGAGACUUCCGGUAGAUGCGUUGUGAAGGGCACCGACAUUCCACCACCUCCUGAACCUGAGCCGAUCACCAUCACCGAACUCCCGCUUCCACCUGUUACUUCCAACGACGCCGAGGGUGGUUGCACUUUUGAUGUCAACCCACACGGAACUGGCUGCAUAGGUCAAGCUCUGACGGCAUUCCAAUCUGGAGCUUUCUUACCAGAUGGUCUUCACGUCACGGUGACGGUCAACUUCACCGGCGCUCCGGCCGCGCCUGAUCCGGCUAGUAUCUUUACCGGCGUGCAAUCAAUCCUAGUGAAGACCGACGGUAGUACAUUUUCUAACGGUGGUGCAUGGAAAUGUAUUACUUGUGGUGUGCCAGGGAAAAAUGCGCUCGGGGGACGCUCGCCGACGAUGGACUAUCCCCAGACCUUCAUUGACGGCAAACGCCUCUUGGCCGGUACGAACAUUAUUGAAUGUACUAGUAAUCUCAUCGAUGCUGCAUGUACUCCAGACCAAGUUCACAUCUACCCUAUCCGCUGGAAUACGACGACGAACGCUACUGGACCUGGUGGCAACAUUCGUGAGCUGCGCUUACAUCCGGACAACGUACACAUGGGCUUCAAUUCCUUUACAAUCCUUAACGGCAAAAUUGGCCAGUAUGGCUACAUGGGAAGAUUGCAAUUCAAUCCCUUUCCGACUUGGGGUACGCCUCUAUCUCCUCGUUAUGAUCUAGUCAACGUCUAUCGACUCUUCGACCCUGAAGCCCUUCAGCCUGUCACUGUGGAUCGGGACAACAGCAGUCUACUUCACAUCAACCCUCAAUCUGUCAUGGUUGGUGAACUACGUGGCUUUAGUGGAACUGGCCGAGAGUAG